GAGUUGAAACGUUGAAACCACCAACCAUCAUGAAGCAUAUUGCAGUGGUGCUGUUGUUUGUUGGCCUUUCGAUGGUCGGAACGCAGGCCGAUGAAGUAUCGGAGGCUAAGGAGAUGCUGCGUGGAUUGGCUGCAGAAUGCAAACAACAGGAAGGUGCCAGUGAUGAUGAUGUGGAGAAUUUCGUGAAUGAUGGAAUGCCGGAUUCUCGAACCCAAAAGUGUUUGGCCGGUUGCAUGCAGGAGCAGUUUGGUGUUUCCAAUGGUAAGGCAUUCCAACCGGAUGGUUUCAUCGAGCUCUCGAAGAUGCUCAUGAAGGGUGACGAGAAGAAGAUGUCGCUCGCGAAAGAGAUCGCCGCCGAUUGUAAGGAUGUGGCGCAUGAGGAUCGCUGUGAGCUAGCCGUGCUGAUCGUAAACUGCCUAAAAGGGUCGGCCGAGAAGCAUGGCAUUCAGCUGAAGCAUUAGUAGUCGAAGGAAGGAGGAAAGGAGCGAAAACCGAGUAUGAAAUCAGCCAAAAUCACAGACACAAACUACCCUCGAACAGUGCGCAGUUGUUACAUUCAGUUCCUAAAUAAAGAAACCCAAGAGCCAAGAAUU